UUGUGCGGAUGAUGCACCGUGGUCGACGCACCUGUGAGGAACCAUAAACCCAGCCUGGUACCGCCUGAUGCUCCACGCCUCCCCGCACCAGCAGGAACAGAAGUGCUUUUAAUAGGAUCUUGGGUUUUAAAAACAGCGGCUCUGGAGUUUACAGCUGGAUUUUAGCAGUCUGAUACUCUUGGCGAUGUUUUUAACUAAGUGAUGGAACUAAGGGAGGCCAGUGGACGCCAGCGGAAAACAUGAAGGAGGAAAUUCCACGCGCCCUGAUAUCCAAAAAAGUCCAUUCCAUCAGACCUUGAACCAACCAGUCUUGAUAGUAUCUUUUCUGGAGUGCAAAACGAUAUUACUACAACCUAAAACACCAACUCUGCAUCCUUGCUCCCCCAGUUGGUCCUCUCUUAAACGCUGAGGAGAAAAACACUUCCUCCUCCAUACAACCACUGCCUUGCAACUACUGGACAGUUUACUGUUGUGAACAUACUGACCCUUUGACUGUUAACCACAACGACUGUUCUCCUGAUACUGCCCUUUCCCCUUUGAAAACAUAUUUUUAUAAGAAAUAUUUAUCAGAAUAUAUCGCUGCACAUAUUGUGAAUAACCAUCCUAAGAUUUCAAUCUGAUUGAACCCCCUCAGAAAAAAAUCUUGUAUAAGUACAUUCUCUGCAGCUAUGGGUCUUGUAGGUUUUUCUAUCAGGCUGCAAGUGUUUCUCAGCACAUGUUUGGGACUGGAAUUUUUAGGCACACCAGGUCAGUGGGCACGCUACCUCCGCUGGGACGCCAGCACCCGCGGUGACCUCAGCUUCCAGUUCAAGACGGAGGCCUCAGAGGCGCUGAUGCUGUACUUUGACGAUGGAGGCUACUGUGACUUUCUGCAGCUGGCGGUGGUGGAGGGCCGAGUGCAGUUGGGUUUCAGCAUCGACUGUGCUGAGACCACAGUCGUGUCUGACAGACGGGUGGAUGAUGGCAGCUGGCACUCUGCCACUCUGAGCAGGUAUAACCUGCGCACAGUGCUAGAGCUGGAUGGCCAGGCCAAAGCAGAUGAGGUGCGGCCUCAGCGUCUGUUCAUGAAAAUAGUCAGUGAUCUGUUCCUGGGUGGAGUGCCUCAGGAUAUUCGCAGUGGUGCCCUCACACUGCCUACGGUGCGAAACAUGCAGCCCUUCAGGGGCACAAUUACAGACCUCAAAUAUGGCAUCUCACAGCCCCUGUUCCUGGGAAGCCUUAAGGUGCCCCUGGAGUCAGAGGGGUGGUGCACGGUGAACACGUGUGAGAACGGCGGUACGUGCUCAGUGGUGGAUGGAGAGCCGGUCUGUGACUGCUCCAAAACUGAAUACAAGGGCCGCUUCUGCACUGAAGAGGUCAACAAUAUGCCAGGCCUUGCACAUAUGAUGGCAGAACAAGCUAAAAGCAAAGCGAGGGAAGAGAAUGUAGCCACUUUCCGUGGCUCAGAGUACUUCUGCUACGAUCUAUCCCAGAACCCAAUCCAGAGCAGCAGCGAUGAGAUAACGCUCUCCUUCAAGACGUGGCAGCGCAAUGGCCUUAUCCUUCACACUGGCAAGUCAGCUGACUAUGUCAACCUGGCACUGAAGGAUGGCGCUGUCUCCCUCGUUAUCAACCUGGGCUCCGGUGCCUUUGAGGCCAUCGUGGAGCCAGUCAAUGGGAAGUUCAAUGACAACUCGUGGCAUGAUGUUAAAGUGACCCGCAACCUCCGGCAGGUGACAAUAUCCGUGGAUGGGAUUCUGACCACCACAGGUUACACCCAGGAAGACUACACCAUGUUGGGCUCUGAUGACUUUUUUUAUGUGGGUGGAAGUCCCAGCACCGCAGAUCUUCCUGGAUCUCCAGUCAGCAACAACUUCAUGGGCUGUCUCAAGGAGGUGGUUUAUAAGAACAAUGAUAUUCGUCUUGAGUUGUCCCGCCUGGCUCGCAUUGUGGACCCCAAGAUGAAAAUCCAGGGUGAGGUGUCCUACAAGUGUGAGAAUGUGGCCACCCUGGACCCCAUUUCAUUCGAGACUCCCGAGGCCUACAUCAGCCUCCCAAAGUGGAACACCAAGCGCAUGGGAUCCAUCUCUUUCGAUUUCCGCACAACUGAGCCCAACGGCCUCAUCCUCUUCACUCAUGGCAAACCUCAGGAGCGUAAAGACGCUGCUCGCAGCCAGAAGAACACCAAGGUGGAUUUCUUUGCAGUAGAGCUGUUGGAUGGCAGCCUGUACCUUCUGUUGGACAUGGGCUCAGGGACUAUCAAGGUGAAGGCCACGCAGACAAAGGUCAAUGAUGGUGCCUGGUAUCACGUGGACAUCCAGAGAGAUGGGCGCUCAGGGACCAUCUCCGUAAAUAGCAGAAGGACCCCGUUCACAGCCAGUGGUGAGAGCGAGAUUCUGGACUUGGAGGGCGACAUGUACUUAGGGGGACUUCCCAAUGACCGCACCAACCUCAUCCUGCCCACCGAGCUCUGGACAGCGAUGCUCAACUAUGGCUAUGUUGGCUGUAUCCGUGACCUUUUCAUUGAUGGUCGAAGCAAAGACAUCCGUCAGAUUGCUGAGGCACAAAAUGGAGCUGGCAUCAAACCCUCGUGCAACAAGCAACCAGGCAAGCAGUGUGAGAGCUACCCGUGCAAGAACCGAGGAGUCUGCAAAGAAGGUUGGAAUCGAUUCAUCUGCGACUGCACUGGCACUGGCUUUUGGUCACGCACCUGUGAGAGAGAGGCUUCCAUCCUCUCCUAUGAUGGCAGCAUGUAUAUGAAGGUGGUGAUGCCGACGAUAAUGCACACUGAAGCUGAGGACGUCUCGCUGCGUUUCCGCUCUCAGCGGGCUUAUGGCCUCCUCAUGGCCACCACCUCCAGAGACUCAGCCGACACGCUCAGGCUGGAAUUGGAUGGGGGUCGUGUCAAACUCACGGUCAACCUAGACUGUAUCAGGAUAAACUGUAACUCCAGCAAGGGACCGGAGACCCUGUAUGCCGGGCAAAAGCUCAAUGAUAAUGAAUGGCAUACAGUGCGAGUGGUGCGCCGCGGCAAAACCUACAAGCUUACUGUUGACGAUGAUGUAGCAGAAGGACAAAUGGUGGGCGACCACACCCGCCUGGAGUUCCACAACAUUGAAACAGGCAUAAUGACAGAGCGUCGAUAUGUUUCCAGCGUCCCGUCCAGCUUCAUCGGUCAUCUGCAGAGCCUUAGAUUUAACGGCAUGCUCUACAUCGACCUGUGCAAGAAUGGUGACAUUGAUUAUUGUGAGCUCAAUGCCCGCUUUGGGAUUCGUUCUAUUAUCGCCGACCCUGUCACCUUCAAAUCCAAGAGCAGCUAUCUAAGCCUGGCGACCCUCCAGGCCUACGCAUCCAUGCACCUCUUCUUCCAGUUCAAGACCACCUCCCCAGACGGCUUCAUAAUCUUCAACUCUGGAGAUGGCAAUGAUUUUAUCGCUGUAGAAUUGGUUAAAGGAUACAUCCACUAUGUUUUUGACCUUGGAAACGGCCCCAACCUCAUCAAGGGUAAAAGUGACCGGGCGUUGAAUGACAACCAGUGGCACAAUGUGGCCAUCACCCGGGACAACAGCAACACCCACACACUGAAAGUAGAUGCGACAGCCACCAGUCAGAGUAUCAAUGGGGCCAAGAACCUCGACCUGAAAGGUGAUCUGUUCAUCGCAGGACUGGGUCCAGGCAUGUAUGGCAACCUGCCCAAACUGGUGGCUUCCAGAGAAGGCUACCAGGGCUGUUUGGCAUCGGUGGACCUCAACGGUCGCCUGCCAGACCUCCUCAGUGACGCGUUGUUUCGCAGCGGUCAGAUUGAGCGUGGAUGCGAAGGGCCCAGCACCACCUGUCAGGAGGACUCCUGUGCCAACAUGGGUAUUUGUAUCCAGCAGUGGGAGAACUACACCUGUGACUGCUCCAUGACCUCGUACACUGGCACUCAGUGCAAUGACCCUGGGACAACAUACAUCUUUGGCAAAGGAGGAGGCCUCAUUACAUUCAAUUGGCCAGCCAAUGAGAGACCGAGCACCAGGACGGACAGGCUGACCGUCGGCUUCAGCACCUCUCUGAAAGAUGGCAUUCUGGUCCGGAUUGACAGUGCACCUGGUCUGGGGGACUAUCUUAUGCUGCACAUACAACAAGGCAAAAUUGGAGUAACAUUCAAUAUUGGCACAGUGGACAUCAGUGUGCAGGAGAGCAGUACCCCAGUGAAUGAUGGGAAGUAUCAUGUUGUUCGCUUCACCAGGAAUGGUGGAAAUGCUACGCUGCAGGUGGAUAACUGGUCGAUCAAUGAACACUUCCCAACAGGGAACAGUGACAUUGAACGCUAUCAAGUGGCCAAUAAGAAAAUUCCUUACAAAUAUGCCAGACCAGUAGAAGAGUGGCUACAAGAGAAAGGACGGCAGCUAACAAUUUUCAACACUCAAGCAACAGUCGCAAUUGGUGGUAGUGAUCGCGGCCGGCCAUUUCAGGGUCAACUGUCAGGCCUUUAUUACAAUGGCCUAAAAGUAUUGAACAUGGCUUCUGAAGGCAACACCAACAUCAAGAUUAAUGGAAGUGUAAGGUUGGUAGGUGAUGUGCCCAGUGUGGCAGGCUCAGCCAGGACCACGGCCAUGUCUCCAGAGAUGUCCACAACCUUCAUUGAGACCACUACAAUGAUGUCCACCACGACCACACGGAAACACAGAUCCUCCUCAACUGUGCAGCACACGGCAGAGGACAUUGUGUCGUCUGCAGAGUGUUCGAGUGACGACGAAGACCUGGAGGAGUGUGAAACUAGCCAUGCAGGUGGGCUAGCACUCCCCACAGAGCCGGGCGUCAGGCGAGUUCCAGGACCCUCGGAAGUGGUCCGUGAAUCUAGCAGCACCACCGGGAUGGUCAUCGGAAUAGUGGCGGCAGCUGCCCUGUGCAUCCUCAUCCUUCUGUAUGCCAUGUAUAAGUACAGAAACAGGGAUGAAGGCUCCUACCAGGUGGACGAGAGCAGGAACUACAUAACCAACUCAGCUGUGCAGAGCAAUGGCGCUGUCAUGAAGGACAAACAGCAGAGCUUGAAAGGCAGUAACAAGAAACAGAAAAAUAAGGAUAAGGAGUAUUAUGUGUGACUGUGAGACUUUCAAUAACAUGAGAAAGUGAAGAAAGAAAGCACUAAAAGAACAUUUACUUCUCAGUUUCCUUGCGAGAAGCUAUGACAAAUGAUGGUAUAACAUGGAACUUGAAUUAUCCUAUACUGUGCUGAGUAGUUGAACUGAUGAUAUGUACUGUAAUAUAAAGCACACUUACUAUUGUAAGCAUAACGACAAGGCUAAAUAGCAACUUUAGAGACCUUACUCUUCUAUCUGGUCUGGUCUGAGACGUUAUCAGUAUAGAAAUAUUUCACAGCUACAUCAUUCUCCUAAGUGACUUUUAGAGCUAUGUGAUCCUUGGCAUUAAACAAAAAACGUUUUUGUAAAAUUGUUAAUUACAAAAGGCUCAUAAUCUUAUACAUUUUCAGCAUGUAAGCAACAUGUAGUGCUUAACAACAGGGGGUCAGGCACACCGUCAUUGUAAAAGUAAAAAAGGAUUCUUGUUGUAUCAGAGUAUGACACAUUUUCUACAUAAUACAAGUGUGGUGUCUAACUUAUUUUUGCUUUGAGCAAAAGGAAAAAAUGACAAAAAGAACAGCAAGAAAAGAAAAAUAUUUCUGUGUAUAAAAUGAUACCAUGUAAGCAAGUUGCCAUGGGCAGAUUUCUUAAAAAUCUGUUUGCUCUGGAAUCUGACUCACCACAACUAUCCUCACAGAUGGAUUCACCUUGUGGAAAGAAGUGGCCGGUUCUUUUGGUAAAAAGCAACUGAUUGUAAAAUGCAUGCCAUCCUAAUUCUACAGUAAAGUCCAGUACAGUAAAUGUCCAGUAUACAGUGUUCAACUUGGACCAUGUUCUCUUAAUUAAUGCCAAACAGUUCUUCAUUAUCAGAUCAGAUCUCAGAUCUCCUCCUUUUGAACCCCUCAAAAAUGUUAACCAUGGAAAAAAGGAUCUCUUACGAAAAAAGGUCCAUUAUUGAUGCACAGCCAGUGGUGGUUUUAUCUUUUUGCAAAACUGUAUGUUGGUUCAUUGCCUGUCGUUCUCUUUUUCUAUGAAGGUGUCAGGAGGAAGACAAAUGCAGUACGACAACACUGUUAACAAUACGAUGUAUACAGAAAUAAAUCUAAUGUUGAAAGUGUGAAUUCUAUCUGCUGUCACAGUGAACUGUGUCAAAAAACAAGACAUUUGUUUACAUAUUUUAUUACAUGCUAGCUGUUGUACUUUGUAGGUAGGAAAUUGUAUAUAUACCAUGACAGUUGUAAGUUUUAGUACCUCUAUUGUACAGACUGAACAUAUGGUUUAUCAGCGUAUUUUAUGACAGAAUCUAUUAACUGUUGAUUUACAUGAAGAAAAAAUUUAAUCGGAAUGUGGAGAAUCAUAUUGAUAUUUCAUAAAGAAUAAAAUGUAUUGUUAGCCUAGAGAUCUAACCAGAGAUGUUUCUAAAGUUGCAUGAAUAUUUAACUAAUUGCAGGUAUCCAACAAAUACAAGGUGCCCAUCCUUCUGUAUCAUGGCUUUCUUAUUCUGGGUUACACUAGUGAUAUUUCUUUUUCAAAGACAAUGAAGUCAGAGCUAUGACAAACAUAGAAAGACAAAAAGGAUGGGAGUUCAGAGUUGAAAAAUGUGGGAAUGGUUACCUCAAAUCAUCGUCUUUUCAUUAGCAAACAAUAUUUUACUGUCCGUUUAUGUUUUCAUUAUCUGCCAUCGCCAUUUUAUGAUGUGGAGGUGCAGUCUUUUUCUGGCCUGAAAUUCACAUGUUUGUGUUUUAAUUCGGUUUUUUCAUAACCUUUUUUCAUCAGUUUGAUAAAAAAUAAAACAUUCUUUUUCUCUCUGAAA